AACUCAAUAUAUGCUCUUCCCUUCCUUUCUUCUCCCCACACCUCACUCUCUUCUCCAUUACUAUUCUGCUACCAAACAGUAAGUUAGACUACUUUCAGUACCUAAAAAACAAUGAGAAAUCAGCUUUUCUCCUCAAUCUUCCUUUUCUUGAUGUUUGUGUUCCUCUGUUGCUCAACCUCUUCCGCCCAAACGCCAUCACCCAGUCCAUCAGGUCCAACCAACAUCACAGCCAUCCUCGAAAAAGCUGGCCAGUUUACAACCUUUAUUAAGCUAAUGAUGAGCACCCAAGAAGCUAGUCAAAUCAACACACAACUUAACAAUUCAAAUCAAGGACUUACAGUAUUUGCACCACCAGAUAAUGCCUUUGCUAACCUUAAAGCAGGCACAUUAAAUUCCCUCACUGAUCAAGAAAAAGUCCAGUUGAUGCAAUUUCACAUCCUUCCUACUUUCAUUUCCAUGUCUCAGUUCCAAACUGUGAGUAAUCCUUUGCGUACACAGGCAGGUAACAGCGCCAAUGGCGAGUUCCCAUUAAAUGUGACAACAUCAGGAAACCAAGUGAAUGUAACAACAGGUGUUGAUACUGCAACUGUGGCUAACACUAUAUAUACUGAUGGCUCAUUAGCUGUGUAUCAGGUUGACAAGGUACUUCUUCCACUAGACCUUUUCAGUUCGCCAGCAGCGCCUGCUCCUGCACCUUCAGAGCCUAAGAAGGUUAUUCAAGGAAAAGCUCCCGCAGCAACAACUGCUGAUGUUACCCCUGCUGAUUCUUCAUCUGCUACUGCCACAGUGGUAUCAUUUGCUGUUGCAUUUAUUGCUGCAAUUUCCUUGAAGCUAUGAGUUUUUGUUUUGGAGAACAAAGGGUUCUUGUUUUUCCAGUCUCAUGAUUUGAGAUGAGUUGGGUCAUUCUUCAAGUACUCUCCUUUUUCUUAUCUUCCAUAUAAAAUGUACCAUGCUUCCCUGAGAUUUUUCUUCCUCUCGAUUUUGUGUUUUAUUUGUUCGUCAUUUCAUUGGAAUUCCUCUUCUCUGUAGAUACAUUCUGUAGUUUCUUCCUUUUUUUUUAUUUUUGGUUUCAGCCCGUGAUGUAACCUAAAGAAUUCAAAUAAAAUUCUUUCUAUUUUAUUUGAUAAUGAA